CGCAGUUCCCGCCGCCGCGCCCCGCCAGCGCCUAGUUUCCUAGGAAUACAGGCACCGGCGGCCCCGCCCCUACCUGCGCGCCGCAUCGCCCGGAGCAACAGUCUCCCUCGGGAGCGUGGCAGGCAGACAUGUCCCAGGCAAGGAAGACCCGCUACUUCCAAUCUAACCUCGGCUUUGCGCCCGCAGCUUCGCCUGGGCUAAUACGGCGAGGCCGCAAGUGCAGUCAGGCGGCGCUGAGGGCAGCCCAGGAGCGGGGCGGAAGGCGGGGUCUGGGAGGGCCUCGCUGGCGGGGAGAUCCAGGGGCGCCGUCGCCUGACCUGGAGGCGUGGCCAACGAGGUUGGAGGCGGGGCUAGGAGGCCUUCACACCAAGACCUAAAGGCGCGGCUGGCGUUCGGGGGGCGUGGCCAGUCAACGGGAGGCGCGGCCCUGGGGGGCCUUGAGACUCGGCGAUCAGGCUGUCCUGCGGGCAGCCUGUGAAAAGGCCGGGAAGAUGGCGGCCUCCUGGAGGCUAGCCUGUGACCCGCGGCUGCUACGCUACCUCCUGGGCUUCGCUGGCCACCGAAGCCUGGGACUGGUUAAGACGGCGUCUGUGUGGUCUGUCGGCCGCGGAUCUAGUUGGAGAUGGUUUCACAGCACGCAUUUGCUGCGGGUUGACCCUAUUAAGAUACUAAUGCCAUCACUGUCUCCGACCAUGGAAGAAGGGAACAUUGUGAAAUGGCUGAAAAAAGAAGGUGAAGCUGUGAGUACUGGAGAUGCAUUAUGUGAAAUUGAGACUGACAAGGCUGUGGUUACCUUAGAUGCAAGUGAUGACGGCAUCUUGGCCAAAAUAGUGGUAGAAGAAGGAACUAAAAAUAUACGGCUAGGUUCACUAAUUGGUUUGAUAGUUGAAGAAGGAGAAGAUUGGAAGCAUGUUGAAAUUCCCAAAGAUGUAGGUCCUCCACCACCAGCUUCAAAACCAUCAGUGCCUCACCCUUCACCAGAACCACAGGCUUCUAUCCCUGUCAAGAAGGAACCAACACCGGGGACACUACAGUUCCGUUUAAGUCCAGCUGCCCGUAAUAUUCUGGAAAAACACUCACUGGAUGCUAGCCAGGGCACAGCAACUGGCCCUCGAGGGAUAUUCACUAAAGAGGAUGCUCUCAAACUGGUACAGUUGAAACAAAUGGGCAGGAUCACUGAGUCCAGACUGACCCCAGCCCCUUCAGCCACUCCCACAGCACCUUUGCCCCCACAGGCCACAGCACCUUUGCCCCCACAGGCCACAGCUGGGCCAUCUUAUCCUCGGCCAAUGAUCCCACCGGUAUCAACUCCUGGACAACCAAAUGCAGUGGGCACCUUUACUGAAAUCCCUGCUAGCAAUAUCCGAAGAGUUAUUGCCAAGAGGUUAACUGAAUCUAAAAGUACUAUACCUCAUGCAUAUGCUACUGCUGACUGUAACCUUGGAGCUGUAUUAAAAGUUAGACAAGAUCUGGUCAGAGAUGACAUUAAAGUAUCAGUAAAUGAUUUUAUCAUCAAGGCAGCAGCUGUUACCCUUAAACAAAUGCCAGAUGUUAAUGUAAGCUGGGAUGGGGAGGGCCCAAAGCAACUACCCUUUAUUGACAUUUCAGUGGCUGUGGCAACAGAUAAAGGUUUAAUUACACCGAUUAUAAAAGAUGCUGCUGCUAAGGGCAUAAAGGAAAUUGCCGACUCUGUAAAGGCUCUAUCAAAGAAAGCAAGAGAUGGAAAAUUGUUACCUGAAGAAUACCAAGGAGGAUCUUUUAGUAUUUCCAACUUGGGGAUGUUUGGGAUUGAUGAAUUUACUGCAGUGAUCAACCCUCCCCAGGCCUGCAUAUUGGCUGUUGGGAGAUCCCGGCCUGUGCUGAAGCUCACAGAGGAUGAAGAGGGGAACGCCAAACUGCAGCAGCACCAGCUCAUAUCGGUCACAAUGUCAAGUGACAGUCGAGUGGUCGAUGAUGAACUGGCUACCAGGUUUCUAGAAAGUUUUAAAGCAAACCUAGAGAAUCCUAUCCGACUUGCCUAGUCCUCAAAGAUGAGAAGUUGAUCUUUGGCUUAGUUAAUUGAAAGACUGUUGCCAAGAAACAUACACCAUAGGAGAACAAUUGGGUAUUUAAGUAUGAAGCGGAUCAAAUGUUUAUUUAUUUAAGGUGAAAGUAUUUGACCCAAGUUGUCUUCAUUUUCAAUUUGGGUUCAGUGUUAUAGAAACUGAUGAUAAUAAACUGUAACUAAUAAAACAAAGAGAACAUUUGGUUAGUCAGAUCCAUUUUUAACCUCUGGUGCUGUACAAAAGGGUUAUUAAACUUGUGUAUAUCAAAUUAUAUGUUUGGCUCAUUUGAGCAUUUUAGAAUAUUUAAGAAUGUAUGAUGCAUUGUAAAAUUUAAAAAUUGUUAGAAUUCUACCUUAAUUGUGUUGAAAUUAGAAGUGGUCUUCAAAGAGAGGUACCCAUUAAUUUAGCAGUGGGACCUUACUUUUACAAGCACUACUCUAGAUAUACUUGAACAAUUUAAUAUGUAUAGAAGUUUAUUCUGGAUAAUAGUAAAUAAAUAAGGAUCACUUAUAUUAGGGGUUGUGGCAACAUUAUUGAACUUUUAUGUAUAUAAAGCCAUAUGUUUAGAGUGGUUUCUAUCAGUCUUAUUUUUCACUUCUUUAACACUGUGAACUUCUCCAGAGGAAGAAUAAACGAAACAAAAAUGAAGAGAAAGUGAGACCAAAAAAGUAGUUUGGUUCAAUGAAAAUCUAUAGCUAUAAUAUCUAAAACUUCAGAAAUACACUGCUCACCUUCAUGCUGAGUUGGAAUAUAUUUAAAUAAAUUGUGUUAUCUCCUACUAAAUAUUUUGUUAGUGUUGAUUUAAGCACAGAAUAUUGUUUCUUAGUGCCUUUUAAUCAAGUUUGUAUUGUGCAAUAAAAUGUGAGAAAAUUAAAAAAUUUCUAUUGUAUUUUAAGUGUUAGGACACAGAAGUUUAGUAAAAACUUAAAGUAGGAUAGUUCAGGCGUACCUCAGAGAUAUUGUAGGUUUGGUUCCAGACCACCACAAUAAAGCAAAUAUUGGAAUAAA